AUGGCCAGCCCUAAAGCCACAGGGCUCUUCUGGGAGAUCACUUGGCUUGCUAUUGCUAUCUAUGCUCAUCUACAGACAAGAGCAGAGCAAUCCCAAGGUGCAUACUUCUUGCCUGAGUUUGCACUUUCUCCACAGGGGAGUUUUCUUGAGGAUACCACGGGGGAACAAUUCCUCACUUAUCGUUAUGAUGACCAGACCUCCAGAAUUACCCGCUCUGAUGAAGAUAAGGAAGGCUCCUGGGAUGCCUGGGGGUCCUGGAGUGAUUGCUCACGGACCUGUGGGGGGGGAGCCUCUUACUCGCUGAGGAGAUGUUUAAAUGGCAGGAACUGUGAAGGUCGGAAUAUUCGAUACAAAACCUGCAGUAGUAAUGACUGCCCUUCAGAUGUUGGUGACUUUAGAGCACAACAGUGUUCAGCCUACAAUGAUGUCAAAUACCAGGGACAUUUUUAUGAGUGGAUCCCUGUGUAUAAUGAUCCUACUGCACCGUGUGCCCUGAAAUGUCAAGCUCUGGGAAAGAACUUGAUUGUGGAGCUUGCCCCAAAAGUGCUAGAUGGUACUCGCUGCAAUACUGAAUCCUUGGAUAUGUGCAUCAGUGGAAUAUGCCAGGCAGUAGGCUGUGAUCGACAACUUGGGAGCAAUGCCAAGGAAGACAACUGUGGAAUCUGUGCAGGAGAUGGUUCAACAUGCAGGCUUGUGAGGGGACAAGCUAAGGCACAUGUCUCACCAGAAAAAAGGGAAGAAACGGUGAUUGCUGUACCACAUGGGAGUCGCAGUGUGAGAAUUACCCUGAAAGGACCAGCACACCUUGUUAUAGAGUCAAAGACACUACAAGGAGACAAGGGAGAGCACAGUUUCAAUGCUCCUGGAACAUUUGUCAUAGAAAAUACAACUGUUGAAUUUCAGAAGAGUACAGACAGGGAAAUCGUAAAGAUCCAGGGACCUCUUGGAGCAGAUUUCAUUAUCAAGACCAGGUACUCUGGAUCAAAAGAGAGUGUGGUUCAGUUCUUUUUCUAUCAACCCAUCAGUCAUCAGUGGAGGCAAACAGAGUUCUUCCCCUGCACAGUGACGUGUGGAGGAGGUUAUCAGCUUAAUUCAGCUGAAUGCGUGGAUAUUCGUCUGAAGCGUGUUGUUCCUGACCACUACUGUCAUUACUAUCCAGAAAAUAAGAAACCAAAGCCCAAGCUAAAAGAAUGCAACAUGGAUCCCUGCCCUUCUAGUGACGGAUUUAAAGAAAUCAUGCCCUAUGAUCACUUCCAGCCACUUCCUCGGUGGGAACAUAACCCUUGGACUGCAUGUUCAGUUUCCUGUGGAGGUGGCAUUCAGAGGAGAAGUUUUGUGUGUGUAGAGGAGACCAUUCAUGGAGAGAUACUGCAAGUGGAAGAAUGGAAAUGCAUGUAUGCCCCUAAGCCCAAAGUGAUUCAAACCUGCAAUCUGUUUGAUUGUCCUAAAUGGGUGGCAAUGGAAUGGUCUCAAUGCACAGUGACCUGUGGCCGAGGCUUGCGUUACCGAGUAGUGCUGUGUAUUGACCACCGUGGGCAACAUGUCGGUGGCUGUAAUCCACAACUUAAACUACAUAUAAAAGAAGAGUGCAUCGUGCCAAUACCGUGUUACAAGCCAAAAGAAAAAAAUCCUGUGGAAGCAAAAUUGCCAUGGUUUAAACAGGCACAUGAAAUGGAAGAGACCAGAACAGUCUCAGAAGAGCCAACGUUUAUUCCUGAACCCUGGUCUCCGUGCAGUGCCACGUGUGGCAAUGGCAUACAGGUGCGAGAUGUGAAAUGCCGAAUUCUUCUCGUGUUUACUCAGACUGAGGUUGAACUGCCUGAGGAGGAAUGUGAAGAUGUGAAGCCACCAACAGAACGAGUCUGUCACCAGGCAUCCUGUGACAGUGAUCCUGUCCCCUAUACACCAGAAUUUUCACAUGCUGAAGAUGGCAGUGUGAUUUAUGACUGGGAAUACAUUGGUUUUACUCCUUGUUCAGCCACUUGUCUUGGAGGAACACAAGAAGCGAUUGCAAUGUGUCUGCAUGUAGAGACGAAACAAGCCGUCAAUGAAACCCUGUGUGACAAUUCCAAGAGACCACCACCAAUGACUCGUACUUGCAAUAUGAAGCUUUGCCCUCCAAGGUGGCAAAGCGGCUCCUGGAGACGCUGCUCAGCUACGUGCGGGGUUGGGAUACAGACGAGAGAUGUGUACUGCCAGCAGCCGGGGGGAUCUGCUGUUGCUGCUGAAGACUGCAAAGACAAAAAGCCUCAUUCUUUACAAGCUUGUAACCAGAUUGAUUGUCCCCCUGGUUGGCAUGUUGAGGAAUGGCAACAGUGUUCACGUACUUGUGGAGGAGGGAUUCAGACCCGCAAAGUGUACUGUAGGCAGCUGUUGACGGAUGGAAGUUUCCUGAAACACUCUGAUGACACCUGCCCGGAACCUAAAUUGCCAACUAGUAAACCAUGUGCAAAAGUUGAUUGUCCUCCUCAGCUAGUUGUAGGAGAAUGGUCCAAGUGCUCAGUAAGCUGUGGUGUUGGAAUCCAGAGAAGGAAACUUGCCUGCCAAAACCUAACAGCAAAGGGCCAAUAUGUCACAUUAAAUGGAUCAAUGUGUAGUGGUCUGUCUCCUUCACUGCUUGUAAGGACUUGUCAGAUGAAUGCCUGCAACAAGAUUAAACCAAAGCUUCCAGAAAAGUAUUCUGCUCAUGGACCUCAGAUUGUCAGUAUUCACCGAGUCUAUAUUCAAACAAGACAAGAAAAGCGCAUUAAUUUUACCAUAGGAAGCCGAGCCUACUUACUUCCAAAAACAUCUGUUGUAAUUAAGUGCCCUGUACGAAGGUUCCAGAAAUCACUUAUCCGGUGGGAGAAAGAUGGACAAGACUUACAAAACUCUAAAAGACUUGGCAUCACCAAGUCAGGCUCACUGAAAAUACAUAGUCUUGAAGCUACUGAUAUUGGUGUGUACCGGUGUAUUGCAGGCUCUGUGCAUGAAACAUUUGUACUGAAACUCAUUGGUACAGACAACAGAUUGAUAGAACCACCGAAUCUUAGAAAACAUGCCAGUGAGACCAGUAACCCAGAUCACAAUGAGGCCAACAGCUUUGGGGCCAAAUGGCAUAAAAUGAGCAAAAUGUGGCAAAUGUGGAGUAAGAAGAACGAGCUCUAUCUGGGUGACAGGCAACUAAAUGAUCAGCCAUUUCUGCGACAUCUUGAAAACUUUGGGAGUAAUUCAGCAGAAGACUUCAGCUCUCGUGAAUUCAAGAAUAAACGAUUGGAGGCAGCAGUUCUCCAAGGCGCCUACAGCAUGGACACGGUGCAGUUUGAAGAACUGAUAAGGAACAUGAGUCAGCUCAUUGAAACUGGAGAAGUCAAUGAUGACUUGGCAUCCCAGGUCAUUUAUCAAUUAGUUGCUGAAUUAUCUAGGCCUCCACAGCCAACUACUGAAAAAUGGAAGGGGGCCCAGGAUGAGAAACUUGCCUCAAAACUCACGGGCAAAUCACCAAAUGAAUCUGAACGUUUCAGCACAAAAACUGUUGAUAAGUUAAUGUUUGACCAGAAGGUUCCAGUUAUUAUGAGGCAAAAGGAAAUUCCUCAAGUUUCCUUCAACAAAACAGUGACUGUACGAAUUGGAAAUACAGUUUUUCUGACCAAGAAUACUCAUGCUGUCAAUCUCCUGUGUGAAACAGCUGGUAUUAGUGAAGUGAAAUAUACUUGGACAAAAGAUGGCGAGACAUUAAAAGCCUCUGAGAAGGUGAUCCUGGACACCAUUGGAAAAGUGCAGAUUCGGAAUCCUAGUCAAAAGGAACUUGGUACAUAUGGAUGCCUGGUUGUCAAUGACUUUGGUAUUGAUAUGGAAACAUCAUUGCUAUUGCGUGCAGAGAUUCCUGUCAUCUUGUCCUCUGAGUUAAAUGUAACAAAUCUGGAAGCCAGCAGUCUCUCAGCAGUUGUUGGAGGUACAAUCGUGGCAAGAAUUGGAGCAAAUAUUAUGGUUGAUUGUCCAGUGAAAGGUGUUCCCCGACCAAAUGUAACAUGGUUUAAGAAGAAAGACAUUCUACAAAUCAAUUCUUUUUUGGUUUUGAAUGGCUCUUUAUUUCUGAGGAAUGUUUCCUAUGAAGAUGCAGGAACAUACACUUGCAGAGCAACUAACGCUCUUGGAAAAGCUGAAGCUGUGUCUGUUCUUCACUUAACUGAACAAAGAUUUACAGAGAAUAACACUCUAUUAUCAAAGGUAGGCAGAAGAAAGCGUGUCCUAAUGGCAUCUGGAAUUGGUACAAAUGUCAGCGUGGUACCUGGAGAGCCACUAAGAAUAGGUUGCCCGGUGCUGCCCAGCUACAGAAAUACAGUUCACUGGCUUUUCAGAGAUAGUCCAAUUGAGGAAGUUAAGACCUUGGAAUACCGAACCCUGGUUGGGGGUCGUAUCCUAGAGGUGAACACCAACUCUGGUCAAUUUGCUGGACAAUUCCAAUGUUGGACUUCAGCUAGUGCAAAACUAAUGUCAGUUUGGGUAAAUGUCAAGAAGGAAGAUUAUAAAUGGGAAUAUGCGGAGUGGAGUACUUGCUCUGCUAGCUGUGGGAAUUCAGGAACCCGUUCCAGAAGACUACAGUGCAUGAAUGCAGAGAAGCAGCAAGUAAAUGAAUCAUUAUGCAGAGAGCUGCAAAAGCCAGGGAUUAUUUACCAGUCAUGCAACACAGAUGACUGCCCUGCCAGGUGGGUAACUAGUCCAUGGUCUGAGUGCUCUGCAUCUUGUGGCAAUGGAUUUCGCUAUCGACAAAUAACUUGUCAACAAGUAAAAGCCAAUGGCACUGUCCUGACACUGCUACCAGAUGCUUGUAUACACAGAGAUCGUCCUGUGGGAAGGAAAUCCUGUAUGGGUCAUUUGUGUACAGUGGGGACAGUACAGACAAAAGGACAGUGUUCUGGUCGCUGUGUAGGCCACCCUGUAGGUUUACAGCAUCGUCACUUUAUAUGUCAACUUCGUAAUGGAUCUUUGGUGCCAAGCUCUUCUUGUGAUGAAAGAAAGAGGUCUCCUGUCAGAAGAAACUGUUCUUCAGAGGUGUGUGAUGUCUAUUGGCGGACAGGCCCUUGGAGGCCUUGCAGUGUGGACUGUGGGAGCGGAUUUCAGUCAAGACGAGUGUACUGUGUACACAGAAAGAGUAACAAACCUGUGGCUGAUCAGUAUUGCGGAUGGAGGAAGAGACCAGUGACCUGGCAACACUGCAGUGACACAUCCUGUGGCAAAGGCGAAUGCAAGGAUACAACUCACUACUGUACAUUUGUAAAGCAGCUAAAGUUAUGCUUGAUAGCGACCUACAAACAAAGAUGUUGUCAAUCAUGUCAAGAAAUGUAA